GAGCGCCAAACUCGAAGCGCAAGAUGGCGGCGGAGAGUUUGUUCAAUCGGCCGGUGUGCGUGCAAGUGCGGUGCCAGGGCUUCGAGGAGAGGAGGUUAAAUGUUCGCGUGAAUAUUGAGCUACGAUCAAUUUCUAAUCCUGUUCAUAAAAAAGAUUUAGCUGUGCGAUUGACUGAUGAUUCUGAUCCUUUUUUCCUUUAUAAUCUUGUCAUAUCUGAGGAGGAUUUUCAAAGUUUAAAAUCUCAGCAGGGUCUCUUGGUAGACUUUUCUGCUUUCCCGCAAAAAUUUAUAGAUCUACUUCUACAAUGUAUUCAGGAGCAGAACAAAGAUAUCCCAAGGUUUUUGCUGCAGUUAGUUUCUUCAGCAUCUGUUCUGGAUCACACACCUGUCUCUUUAAAUGUGGUGGAGACAAACCCUUUCAAACAUCUUACACAUCUCUCUCUAAAAUUCCUACCAGGAAAUGAUGCAGAAAUAAAGAAGUUUUUAGCCAGUUGUUUGAAAUGCCUUAAGGAAGACAAAGAGAUGUUGGAACAAAAGCUUAAAAAAACUGAAGAGGAUUUUAUCAGGCAGUUGAACUACACUCAACAGAGCUUGUCCGAAAAGAGCCAAGAACUAGACAAAUUGAAAAAUGAAUGGACAACAUGUACCACAGCUCUAACAAGUAAACACACACAGGAACUGACAAAUGAAAAGGAAAGAGCUCUUCAGGCACAAGCUCAGUACCAGCAACAGCAUGAACAACAGAAAAAGGAAUUAGAAAGUUUGCAUCAGAAGAGUAUUCAGCAGUUACAGAACAGACUCUCAGAACUGGAGGUCAUCAAUAAAGAUCUAACAGAAAGGAGAUAUAAAGGAGACUCCACAGUUAGAGAACUGAAAGCAAAGCUCUCUGGAGUAGAUGAUGAAUGCCAAAGGGCAAAGCAAGAGGUGUUGUCACUGCGUCGGGAGAACAGUACUCUGGAUGCUGAGUGUCAUGAAAAAGAGAAGCUCAUUAAUCAGUUACAAACGCGAGCUGCUGUUCUGGAACAAGAGAUCAAAGAUAAGGAUCAGCUGGUUGUUAGAACAAAAGAAGUAUUGGAUGCAACACAAGAGCAAAAGGUGAUACUGGAAGAGAGUACAGAAAAGAAACAAAGUCAUAUUGAAAAACUUGAGACAACAAUUAAGUCGCUAUCAGCUGAACUUCUCAAGGCUAAUGAAAUUAUCAAGAAAUUACAAGGAGAUCUGAAAACUCUAAUAAGUAAAUUGAAAUUGAAAAAUACAGUAACAAUUCAACAAGAAAAACUGUUGGCAGAGAAAGAAGAGAGACUUCAAAAGCAGCAGAGAGAAUUGCAGGAAACUGGACAAUGUCUUCAAAUGAAAGAACAGGAGGUUUGCAAGCUACAAGAACAGCUAGAAACUACAAUACAAAAACUGGAAGAAAGUAAGCAGUUAUUAAAAACCAAUGAAAAUGUAAUCACAUGGCUAAACAAACAGCUGAAUGAAAUUCAGAUGGUAAAGAAGUUAGAGACGUCUAGCAGUCCUCAUGGUGGUGUUAAGACUGGCAUUUCCCCUCAGGGCAUGCUUGACCGACCAUCCUUUCCUAGCUUAGGAGUCAGUCACCCCAUUUCUCCUCUCUAUGCUCUCCAGAAUUUUCCUGAGCCAGCAUGUAGGAAAAGUGCCAAUCCACAAUGUCCAGGACCAAAGGUUCAGUUUAACACACAGCUUUCUAAAAUGAAUCGAUGUACAGAUGUUCAGACAGUGACUGCUGCAACUGGCCAUCCAGCAAAUAAAGAGAAUGGUGAUAAUUUUGGGCUGGAACCAAAGUAUUUCAAGAAAAAAGAUGACAGCAUUCCUUUACGAGGGCUUAGUCAAAAUGAACUUAAUGCAGAGUAUUUGAGAGCCUACUUACCAACAAAAGCACAACCGUCACCAAAAGCUGCAGUAACAACAGCCUCUGCUUAUUUUCCCGGGUAAUAGUGUUUUUAAAGUUAGAAGAGUUCUCUCAACCCAUUCAGGGGAUUUCUGGAUGUCCUACAACUGAUAUUAAAUAACUCACUUCUUACAGGUGAAGUAUCAAUGUGACCCAAUUUUUUUUCUCCAGUAAGAUCAAAUCUGCUUUCUUUGAGAAACUCACUUAAAGCAAUCUCAGCCUUAAAGGCAGCAUUGCUGUAGUUAGUUGUGGGAUCUGCACAGAAAUUUGACUUCGUAUUAGACAAGCUGUAAAACAGACUUGUUGUAGGAAAUGGCAAGUAUGGCUCUGUAACAGCCAGAAGGUACUCGCGCUGGCAUUCCCUGAGUGAUAGGAAGCAUGCUUUUGUGCGAGUACUUUUCCUGACUGACUGACUUCAGAGGAAGGAUAAGGCAAUAGUUUUCAAGCAGUUUCUGGAACGUGUGCAAUCCUUCCUGCAUUUAAUUCUGAAAAUUUGCUUGAUUUGAGAGACAGGAUAUUCGAAUAACCUGUCUAGACUUGCAGAUAAGCUGGUUAAUACUAAGGAUCCUGAAUAGUGGAAUCAAUCAUGUUACAACUUCAUUCUCUGCUGUCUUUCACUCAGUGUCCCAGUAAAGAACAGGCACGCAAGUAUUUCUAACAAACACCAAACUAUGUAUUUUUCAAAGACUGUUUACAUACUUCUAGCUCCUAAACAUCAAACUAAGGGAAAAAGCAUGAAAUCUUUAAGUAAGUAAGUGCAACGAAAUGAUUGUAUUUAAAUGACUUGUCUUGCAGUGCAAAAUGUGUAUAUUUGUUUAUAACGAUUGUUCAUGUUAAUGUAAUAUCCACUUGUUUUGAGAUGUGCAAAUUUCAGUGGAAAUAUUAAAUGUUGUUUUUAUCAACUCUGUUCCAAUUAAUUAGUUACUCUAACAAACUAACAUGAGCUCCACUCUAGUGAAAUAACAGUAUGAGGUACAUAAGUAAGUCUCUUAACAGUAGUAGUCACCUUACCUUUUCCUGGAGUUUCCUUCCCAGCUCAUUCUUUUCACCAUGUAACACUGCAUUGCUGGACCAGCCCUAGAAGAUGACCGGCAGUACAGUCCCCUGCUGACAACCAUCCUGUUCUAAGGUCUGUGCUUCUGCUACUAUUUCUAGUUUCUUUAGCAGCUGGUAAAUAUAAACUAAUGUGAAUUUAGUUUGUUUAUUGUAAAAUACAUAGGCUGGUAUCAAACAGCAAUCUGGUAAUUAAAAUGUGAUUAUUUUCCA